CAACUUUGGGCUGUACGGCUUAGCUAGAGCAGCUCUGGGUAGAAAUUACGCAGCAUAUAAGCUCUUGGAUAACACUGAUCGCCGCGCCAGCGCUGUGGCAUCAGUUAGCCCAUCGGUGCGGUAGAUAAGAUGGUCUCUUCAGCGCUGCUCUUGGCAGCGUACGCGGUCGUCUGCGACGGCUUUCAGCGGGCGCCAAUACGCGAUGCGCCAACACGCCAUCGCCGCGUGCAGCACUGCGCCGAGCCGAGUGAAAAGGGCUGGUCGCGCGCCGACGCGAAGAUCAAGCAGCGGCCGAUCCCGCGGCACCGCCGCCUCGCGAACAAGCAGGCCUCGCGCAAGCAGUCGGAGCGCCUGAAGCCCGGCGAGAAGGGCACGCCCACGAAGCUGCGGGUCAUCGCGGGCACGGCGCGCGGCCGCAAGCUCGAGUCGCCCGAGACGCUGCUGCGGCCGAUGAUGGGCAAAGUGAGGGAGGCGCUGUUUAGCACUUUGGUCUCGCUGGGCGUCUUCCGGGCGCCCAGACAGGUCAGACACAUGGACGCGUUCUGCGGGUCCGGCAGCGUCGGCGUCGAAGCCCUGUCGCGCGGCGGCGCCGGCUGCGUUUUCGUGGACCUGUCGCCGGACGCGUGCGCCGUGGCCGCGCGCAACGCCGAGACGUGCGGCUUCUCAAAUAAAUACGAGACGUGUCCGCGCGACGUGGCCGCGGCGUUGAACGACGAGGCGCUGCGCGGCCCGGGCCUCGACCUCCUCACGCUGACGCCGCCCUACGAGGAGAUCGACUACGACGAGUUGAUGGCGUCCGUCGCGUCGUCGCCGCUGCUGAACGCGGACUGCGUGGUGGUGGUCGAGUACCCCGUCGAGCGCGGCAAGCCGCCGUUCCGCAUCGGCGAGCUCGUGGGCGUGCGGAACCGGCGCUACGGCCGCACGGCCCUGGCGUUCUACGCGUUCAAGCCGUCGGGCGCGCUCGAGGCGCUCCGGCCGCGGCCCGAGGAGUUCGAGGAGUUCUCUUGAGUGACUGUAACAUACACAUAUUCUUACCAUUCGCAUUCUCUCGUCGCGUCGACGGCCUGG